AUGAGGGACCGCCGUCAGAAAAGAAAUGUCAAACGGAUGAACCGGAUGAUUAUCCGCAUAAAGUUGCAUAUUUGGCAGAAGAUGAUUUUCGUCAACCAACACGGACAUGGCCGCGUGUGGGCGGUGAAUGUCGAUGCCGACGCGACUCCGAACACUCUGAGUGCACGCAUGACGUGCUUGAAUCCGUCGGGUAAUGGGUUUCAACGGCAUGCAGCGAGAUCAGCUCAAAUGUCCGCUUCAUUCGGUGGCAAGCUGCUUGCAGCUGCCUAUGUGGACGAUCAAUGUGUGGGUCUCAACAAUCUCAUUAUCGUCACAAGGCCCUCCGCCGUGUCUGUGGCAAUUUCACGAGUGGAUCUGAAUGGGGACGACGCAGUUGUAGACUCCCAAAUCACGCACACGCUACCACCGUCGUGGAGCGGCGCAUCGGUCGUCGUCGAGAUCAUGGACGGGCCGCAUGUGUGGUUCUCGUGCCCAUCGCAAGCUGAAUCACAGCUCGUGCUUAUUCGAAACGACGACUUGCACAUGCUGUAUGCUUCCGUUCCCCAGCCUCACAUGUUUCAAUCCGCUUGCUUGAUUGCAAAUUCCACAGUCGAUCCCGCAAGCCGCACGUCUGCCACGCCCUUGGACGACAUGCAUCUCCUUGUGCAUUCCACGGACGGGGACACUCACGUCUGGCACACAUUGCCCCUUCCUCCGCUUCCUCCAUGUCAUCACCCUCGUCACUUUUCAGCUCGAUCGCAGCCGUCCAAGCCACACGUGCCCCCUCGCCCCAAGCGCUACCUUCCGUCGAACUUACCCAUCUGCUGUGUAUGGACUGACCAAGAAGAAGUGACGUCAUCGACGCAUCGCAUUCUCCUCGGCACGACGGCGCCGUCCCUUGUUGCGACCGUCCACGACUGCAUCGUUGCCACGUUGACAUUGCACGCCACUCCCAUCGACAUACAAUAUGCCGACGUUCAUGGUCUGGACGGCGGCGACGCGUCGGGAGUGCACGACGGCGCGGUGGCCGCCGCGCUGCAUCGCGCAGACAUCUUUGUCGUGACGUGCCUCGAUCACAGCGUGGUGGUUGUGAUGAGUUUGCAGUCGACGCUGUCGAUCGUACAAGAAUUCACCAACGUCCAUCGCGUGUUCGUGAAUGAUUUCAAACGGAAUGGAUGGGACCAAAUCCUCCUCGUGCCGUCAAACGACGUGGACGAGCACGAGUGGGUCCUCACUGACGUCAUGUCUGUCGUACCGUCCGCGACGGGAGAUGCCGGUCCACCGCGUCGUAGCAAACAGUCCAAGCGGAAAACGGCGCACCACGUCGACCAUGCGUCGAUUCAAAUGCUACUCAAUAAGCUCGCCGCUCCUGCCCAAGCCGACAAGCUAGACGCCAUCCAAGCAGCGUUGGCGAUUCGUGCGAAAGAAGCCGACGCAUCGCUUCUCGCGCAGCAAUCCAUGCUCGACGAAAAACGCGCGGUGCUGGCCAUGCUUGAACGGCAGUGCCGCCACGUAUGGCUUGACCAAACCAACAGCCACACUGUGCCAGGGGAACCGAGCAUCGACGACGCUGCUGCUGCUGCUUCGCGGACACCUCUGCAGCCUCUCGUUCCCCCCUUGGACAACAUCGACAACGCGCCGUCGGGAUUCCACGCCGUUCCCAUCCUCGUGCAUCCCUUGCUGCUAGAGUCCAUCGCGCCAACUAGCAUCCAACAUUCGCCUCUGUUUUCCACGCUUCACUUUGUCGUCACCGUCCGGAAUGCGUCCAGCGCGCCGCUAGAGCAAGUCACGGCCUUGCUGGUGGGCUCGAAAGUGGCGAGUCCGAUCCACGGCGGCAGCGACGUCGUUCGCAUCCUCGCGCCGCAUUCCACACACGCGUUCCACUGCCACAUAGCUCUGCCGUCGGACGUUCAUCGGCGCUCCCACGUCGACUGGCAUGUGCUAGCAGCAUGGGGCCACGACAAUUGCCUCGUCUUCGAUCAAGACCCUGUCCGCGUCGCUGUCUACGACAUGCUCCAUCUUCCAGUGCACGCACCAAACCUAGACACAUGCGACCUCCUCCUUCUCUCAACGACGUGCCAGUUGGACCAGUGGCUCGUGCCUUCGCGAGCCAACGAGCUGGGCGUCACGAUUGACUCGAUCAAGGCCGGCGUGGCCAAAGUGACCGUCGCCGCGCCAAAUGCAGCCAUCUUAGAGUGCCAACUACGCCAUCUCCAGCGCCAACUCGGUCGUCACAACAUCUUUGUCCUCGAGAAUCCGCUGCACCCUGCGCACCUCCACUUACUCGACACUGCCCUGUCCAGCAUGCAAGCGGAACUCGCGUUUGAGGCGGCGCAGCCGGCGCCGGAUCGCCGCGGCAUCGUCCAAAUGGAGCUCGAUCGAGCCAUUGGACAACUUCACGCUGCCAUGAAGCGAAGAGCAUUUCGUCGCCAACCCCCCAGCAGCCCAUCAAGCCCUUCCAGCUAA